CCGCGCUCCCACUUGCGAUUCUGGUGUACAAUCCUGUCUAGGGCAGCAUAGUGUUUGACAAUGGCGUCGUCGAGAUGGAAGCGCUUCGCGUUCUUCGAAAAGAACGCCAUCAGCCUCCCCUCGGAAGUCCUCGAAGACCUCCUCCCCGCCGGCGAGUACGAAUACUCGAACAGCGGUGGGCGAGGCCGCAGGUCGGAGGAAGGUCCUUCCAAUUCCAAGGACAAGGUGCGAAUGGUAGUCACCACCGCUGCUCUUCCCCUGGAUUCAAAGCCGGGGCACGGAGCAACCGCCGGGAUGCCGAACCAGGGAAGCGGCGGCAAUGCCAAUGCUUCCGGGGGCGGGGAGUACACCGUGGCCCUCAACGAGAUGUGGUCCGGCUUGGCGGCGUGCAACCCCAUGGAGAACAUUCCCGGAGGCUACGCCGGUGGCACGAACCAGACGAUCACCCUGCCGAGCCAGGCACAGCUCUUCGAAGACGACAGCAACGUCGUGUCGUCGUCCUCGGGAGCAGCGGUCGACGGACUCGUCCUGGCCUUUGUCACCUCCCGCGACACCAACCGCGUGCACUGCUUCGACAUCUCGGUCCGCUGCAACCACAGAAGCAGCGGAGGGGCCCCGGGCAUCGAGCCGAGCGCCGACGGCGACACCCAGGCCAGCGGGAAGAAGGCCAGCGAUCCGGAAGACCUGGACGGCUGGAGGGGGUACCUGGCGCCGAUCCAGAUGGGCACGCGAGCGACCAGCGAUUCGCGGGCGGCGGCGGGCCGGUCGUCGGAUGGACGGGCUUCGGCCGACACGGAUGCGGCCCGACCGCAAGAAGAGCCCAGGGAAGGAAUCGUGGGGAUUGCGACGUGCCGGGGGACCUCCGGGCACCGGCCGAUGCACAUGGCCUGCAUCACGGCUACCAACCUCGUGGUUUGCGUAGAUCCCCACUUGUAUCUGUCGUGGUAAGUUCAGGAGCAGCGUCCGCAGGAGUCGUGGCUGUGGAAUGGGCUCUGUACGCUAAAAAAAUCUCAAAACUUUUCUCCCGCUUGGAUUGUCGAAACCGAAACUAGUCGCCGUCCACUGUCUACUCCCGAAAACAACGAAGCUCCAUCUUUCACCCUUGGUUCGAACUGGAACGAAGCCAGCUAUGGGAAAAUGACUGCGGUAGACGUCGCUCCCGGCAUUGUUGCGGUGGGAACAGACACUGGUAGUCUCCACAUCUUUACGUAUGGUGGUGGCAGACGUGUUCUUCGACCAUACUUGUCGAUUCCGUCUCCGCCUUCCAACGAUAUGGCAAUCGUAGUCUGCAAAAUAUCCGUCGGAAAGGAAAAGGUCAGUGUUUUUGUGGCGUACCAGCGAGGGAGGAAGACCCAUCGCGGUGCCAAGACCGAUGGUUCACCAACUCCACGAACGUCGUCGGGGGUGAGCUGCUACGACAUGCCCUUGCCAAAGGGAAACUCUCCCGCCGCAGUAACCGCUCCAUCGGCCCGACACGACCUAGACGGGCGAAACGUUUCUUCGUCGAGCUUGUGCGAUGCUGUUUUCAACGAAAACGAAAAUGAGUUACAGCUCUGUGUGGCCCGCCCCGACGGUUUGUACACGUACUCAACGACCCAAAAGGUAGAUGUCUCUCCCAUUGACGGCUCGAAACUGGCGAUUUGCCUGGUGCCAUCGCCAAAAGCAGCAGGGACGUCUCGGGAGAUGGUGUCUUCGGGAAAGACCGGUUCUGGGUUUGUGUUGGUGGCAUCGACCGACAGCAAGUCAAGAAGGGAUGCCGUCGAUUUGUACGAUCCCCACAACAAGCUCGUUGCCUUCCAUUUGCUGCUCAGCCCGGGCCACACAGCGAUUCGCGCCGCGGGUGUCACCACUCCUCCGACUCGGAGCGCGGACGGGAGCUUGCAAAACGGCCGAUCUUCGGCCGUGGUAUUCACGUCGGGCGGAUCCCUUGUGACCCUCACCGAAAAGGAAACCGCGCAGAAGGUCAAUCUCUUGGUGCAAAAGAAUUUGUAUUCCGCGGCAAUAUUUGUAGCAUACGCGGAUCCAUCCUACGAAACCGAAGACAUCACGCUGCUCUACCGACGCCAUGCCGAAUACUUGUACCGAAAGGGCGAGUACAGCAGUGCUAUCGAACAAUACAUACAUACGAUCGGCUCUCUCGAGCCAUCCCAUGUCAUAUUCCGAUUUUUGGACGCACCCAAGAUUCCACUCCUCGUCAAAUACCUCGAGGAGCUCCGGUCGCGGGAUCUGACAACACCCGUUCACAACGAGCUGCUUCGAACGUGUUACCUCAAGCUAAACGACACCGAAUCCGCCGAAGCCAUUGCUGCUUUUUCGUCCCGUUCGAUGGACUCGGAAUCGCUGUCGACCAUGGUGGCGAAGUCCCCGAAGGAUGCCUUUGCCACCAUCUGCUCGUUCCAGGCUCCGGAAGCCGCGGAGGCGCUGGCUGUCUACGGUGCCACACUAGCACGCUUACUUCCGCGGGAAACAGCGGGUCUGGUGGUCUCGUUGUGCCUGGGAACGUUUUCGCCACAGAAGCUUGCCGACUCACAGGCCGCCGUGAUGGCAAACGCAAAAAAACUUCUGGAACAACCCGUCGACGACCGUGAUCGUGCCUGCGACCCUUAUCCGGUCCACGUAUUCGCCUCGGCCUUUCUGGAGAACCCCAAAAUACUUCGCUUGAUUUUGACCCACUGCAACCGCAAUAAGUGCUAUCUAAGUCCUUCCUUGCGCAGAACCCUCCUCGAACUGACGCUGCAAGAAUGGAACCAGGCCAAGCGAACGGGAGACAUGGAGGCGGAACGAAUGAGAAGGAAAGAAGCCAUUGCCGCCCUGACGGAUUCCCACAGCCGAGAGAUCGGAGAUUACGAUGCCCUCGUCAUUGUGCAGCUCGCAGGGUUUGAAGACGGAGAGCUUCUCUUGUACGAGCGGCUUCAAAUGGGACCCAUGCUUCUGUCCCGGUACGCCAAAGACGGCGGCGUCAAGGCCCGGAGGCAGAUGCUGGCGAUGUGCCGGAAUGACCCGGAAAUCUCGGCCGACGUCCUGGGAUACUUUGUGAACAUGGUGACGGAGCGGAUGGCACUCGCGGAGAAAGAGGGAGUCGACGACGGAGAGGAAUCCGACGACGAGGUCAACGACAUCCUGGAGGACAUCCAGGACACACUGGCGCUUGCCAAGCGCCAGGGAGUCCUACCGCCGGUGCGGAUCGCCCGCAUCCUCGCCGGCGAGGGCACGGGGCAAUUCAGUGGCUCGUCGGCGGAAGCCGCCUCCGACCGUUCCCCGGUCCGGACCGUCCCGCUGUCCGUUGCGCUCGACUACGUCGGGGACAUCCUGGACGAAUCCCGAAAGGAAAUCUCGCGCCUGAAAACGGAGGUGGAAGACUACAACCAGCUCUGCAAUUCCAUGGAAGCCCAGAUCGACGCCCUGCUGAACACGUCGGCUUCUGCCUCGCAGCAACGGAUCGCAACGACGCAGUCGUCGGAAGAACCGAGCAAGCAGCUGUCGCCCAGGAUUCACGUCGAAGACAUGUACACCAAGGUUCGACUGCACCUGGACAAGAACGACAAGCAAGACAACAAGGCCGACCUCUCCCGCGAAGCAUUCUGGAGGGAUAUGGACCAGAGCGAAGACAGCUUCCAGACCCUAGCGAGAUUCUUUGCCCAGAAUGUAAUCCAAUAGUCAUGUUAAUACCGUACAUAUACUUGACAUUCUAUUAU